CUUGCCCCGAGAAGCACAUGUACAGAAGAAGCACAUCCACGUGGGUUUUUGUACUUUAGGAAGAGAGACUCCUCUGACGAACAAAUCAAAUACAAACAAUCUAUGAAAAUAUCGACUGUAGAUUGUUGUGAUCCGAAAUGACGAAGGUUAAGAAGGAAAAGGCUGUCGCCGAGGAAGCUGCACCCGCCGGCGGUUCCGAGAAGUCUUACCACGAGUUGGUGGCGAACCUAAACGCUAUUGCAAAUCCGCUGGCCACCAGGAAGCUCAGCAAGAAACUCUACAAAUGCGUCAAAAAGGCUUCGAAAGUAAAGAACAUCCGCAGAGGAGUGAAAGAAGUUCAGAAAUUCAUCGGAAAAGGAGAGAAAGGCAUUGUGCUAUUGGCAGGCGACACACUGCCCAUUGACGUCUACUGCCACUUGCCAGUCAUGUGUGAGGACAGAGAUAUUCCUUACGCGUACAUCCCCUCCAAAGUGGACUUAGGUGCGUCUGCUGGCUCCAAGAGGCCGACCUGCGUGAUCAUGAUCAAACCUCAUGCUGACUAUCAGGAGGCGUACAAUGAGUGUCUGGAGGAAGUAUCCAGCAUGCCCAAACCCCUAUGAGCCAAUCAGAGACCAGCUCCUCCUGUGACCGCACGCACUCAUCAAAAUAGGACAAUAAGACAUUGGUUUGGAGUGACGUGACGGAAAUAAGGACAUUUAAUUCUAGACUUUAUUUGAUUUUUUUUUUUUUUUUUUUUUUUAGUAUUUUGUAUUUCUGUUCAAUGUACUACUGCAACGUACCAUGUUGUGGGCAUGAAUACAUUUGUGUACAAAAAAAAUUAGGGCUGUCAAAAUCAGAGUUAACUCGUGAUUAAUCAUAAAAAAAUAAUUGCAUUCGUCAUAUUCACACUUAGAUUAAUCAUACAAGUCAUUUUGACCGUACAAGCUCUUACCUUAAUUGCUAUACGGUCAGUGAUCAGAUCAAUGCAUACGUCAUACAACAAUGAAUGAGGAUACUGCGACUGCUCAAUGGCAAAUUUCACUCUAAAAUACAGCCCGAAUGAACUUAAAAUAAAACUGUUCCUAAGUUUGUUGCAAAUGAUUAACAUUCAUUCAAGUAAAAUGUUCCUGGAGAAUAUGAUGAUAAAAUUGCAUUUGAUUAUUGUAUUGGUGUCUUUUCUUCAGCAAAUUUUAAAUAUGCAAGCCUGUAAUUGAUCUGAUAAUUUAAAAAAAUAUAUAUAUUUUGACAGCCCUAAAAUAAUUAAUCUUUGAAUCCAAACCUGUUUUGAGUUGUAAGCUUUUUACUUAUAAGUUUAUUUUUCCACUCAUAAAUUUGCUUCUGGGGCUUUUUUGCUGUUUUUUUGUUAUUAAAAAUGUGUGUCUCAGGUUUACACACAUUAAUUUGAAUCAUUUAACGUUUUAUCUUGAUGUAUUCAUGCACACUUGUGUUGCUCAAAGCCAAAUAUGGACAAGUGAGUCGAUCAUUAGACCCUCUAACCGUCAAAUCUAUCAUUGUGAGUUUAAAGAACCGAGUCGUUGACAGAAACAACUACUGCAGUCGAAUCACAAUAACACAUACUGUCCAUGUAGUAUUUAGAUUCAAAGUUACCUUUUUUUUUUCAUCGAGUUGUUUAUUUUGGACAUUUAAUACGCCUCAAUCCAACGGUGAUGGUCUGUUCCACUAUGUGCAAACUUGUUUACCAUGUGCAGGAUGUAUCUUGUUUGGAAAUAUCCAUGUAAGAAUGGGAUUAAAGUUGUUGUUAAAUAUGGAA